AUGAAGGCACUGAAUGGCACGCAUGAAAAGAGCAGCUCUGACGAGCAGCCGCUUCCCAGCAAAGGGCAGAUGACCUGGGUAGCCUUUCUGUGGAUGUACACUACCAUCAAUGCUUGUGGGGGCCUUGAUCCAGGCUAUCAAGGGGAAAUCCUCGUCUCGCAGUCACCACCGUAUCUCAGGGUUGUGGCAGGGGACAAUGUGGUUAUGCACUGCAACUUUUCACUCCAGGGCAACGUAACGCUUAUGUUCAUCGGAUGGAAUCAAGAACGGCAAAGGCUUAUCGAGUGUGUGAGUAAAUCGAAAGACUGCCGUCUACUUGUGCAGAGGAAGAUUAACGCCUCUGUCAAUUGGAGGUCUCAGAUUUCUAUGUUACAGAUCAGAAACAUUGAGCCAAAAGAUAAUGGCACUUACUACUGCGAAAUUCAGGUCGAGAAACCAGCUCCAGUCAGACGUGGGUAUGGAAAUGGAACAGCCCUCGAUGUCACCGAACCAGAAGAAGCAUCAGCUGAGAGUAGCCGUGUCCUGCAGACGUUGCUUCCAGGACUGCUGGCCUCAGGGCUGGUCUUUUGCCUGCUGUGCAGCACGUACAGCCUGUACAAAGGCAAACCGUUCACAGCUGGGAACUUGGAGCUCCCAACCGUCUCCACUUCAGCACUGUUGAUACAGACAGGGGAAUAUCAGAUCAGGCCUGAAGGACUAUUAUCAGGAUCUCCAAGCAACAAUCAAGGAGUUGACCAUUUCUCCAAGUCAGCUGAGGACAACGUCUCCAGGUUGGACCCGGGAAUCCUGCAGCCUGUGUACAUCUCGACACCAGCUCAGCAGCCAGCCAGAUCCAGCGGGCAAGCCAUCUACUCAGAAAUCUGACUCGGAGUACAUCCUGCGCACGGGGACUCUGUGAGAAACGGAUCAGCAGGGCACGUCUGAGCUUUGUCCUUUCCAGGCAACCAGUGCUCUUGGUGAGCAGUGUGAGGGAUCCUGGCUGGUUUAGAACUGGGUGCACGAUGGGUAAGAGAUUCAGAGUCAGAAACUCUACACAGCAUUGCUGAAUUUCUGACCACUUUGCAGUCAACAAAUCUCACUCCAAUCUUAGCCUGUGUCCUCUCUUGUGACAGCCACCCUGUUCUCCCCCCUUAGCACUGAAAUUCUUUCCAGCUCGUCUGCAUGGAUUGAAAUCCCUCACGAGGUCCCGUCAAAAAUCCAUUCACCAUUGGUAUUUUCGAUCACGUCUUCCUGCUGGUUCUGCAUCAAUUCGCACUCCAGCCCAGCACACAAUUUCCAUCUCCUCACCACUAUCGUGACCGUAAACCUUCUAACUAGACAGGCUAGACAGCUUUGAGUUUACCCUUGGCAUGGUCGUGCAGUGGCCAGCAUUUUGAUGCACCAGCAAGCCAGUUUGAUGCACCAGCAAGCCAGUUUGAAACCCUGCCGCUGACUCUAAGGUGUGUACAUGUUCUGCCCAUGACCACGUGGGUUUCCUCUGUGUGCUCCAGUCGCCACGCACGGUCCAGAGACUUAUGGGGUGGGAUUAGUAAGUUGUGGGCAUGUCAUGUGGCACCGGAAGCGUGGCAACACUUGUGCAUAAACAGAUAAAUAGAUUGUAAGAGUACAGCACAGGAGCAGGCCACUCGGCCUACAGUGUUGUGCCAAACCAGCUACAAAACAAAUCAAAACCCCCAAACACCAAUCCCUCCUACCUACACCACGUCCAUAUCCCUCCAUCAUCCUCACAUCCACGUGCCUAUCCAAAUGUCUCUUAAAAGCCUCUAAUGUAUUUGCCUCUACCACUGUACCAGGCAUCCAUUUUGAUUACGUUGGUCUUCGACACA